GGUACUUUUACACAAAACAAUAAACAUUCGCUCAUCUGCGCCAUCUUGAAAAAGUUAGAAGUCUGUGGAAAUAAAGAAAAACCUUGUCUUUGUGACGACGUCUUUCUCGUUUUUAAGGACCUAAAUUAUGGCCACAGGCUAUUAUCAGCAUUAUGGUUAUGUAUACAGCAUUGGAGUGUUUCUUCUAGCCGCUGCAGGUCUGUAUUAUGUGCUGACAGGUCAAGGUUCAAGAUUUGAUUUUGGAUGGUUUCUUGGUCAAACCUCACCUUACAUGUGGGCAGCAAUGGGUAUUGGAUUGUCAAUAUCUCUCUCUGUUGUUGGUGCAGCAUUUGGUAUCUUCACUACUGGUGCUAGCAUCUUGGGUGGUGGUGUCAAAGCUCCACGAAUUAAAACUAAAAAUCUUGUUAGCAUCAUUUUUUGCGAAGCUGUUGCAAUCUAUGGUAUUAUUAUGUCAAUUGUUCUGUCUAGUAACAUCGAGUCAUUCGAUCAAAAAACGCUGAUAGAACAUGGAAAUUAUAGAGCUGUUCGAAUCAAUUACUCUUCUGGUCUAAUGAUAUUUGGGUCCGGCUUGACUGUUGGCUUUUCAAAUUUAUUCUGCGGAAUAUGCGUAGGAAUCGUCGGCAGUGGUGCUGCAUUGGCAGACGCACAAAAUGGCUCGCUGUUUGUGAAGGUGUUAGUUGUGGAGAUUUUCGGCAGUGCAAUUGGUUUGUUUGGCGUCAUCGUAGGAAUAUUACAGAGUACAGGUGCAAAGAUGGGAAACAAAGUAGGUUAAGUUGGUUAUGUCUUCACUUACUCAUCGUCACUCAACAGAAGAAAAGCACUGUAUCCGUUGAUAGAAAUAACAUAUAAUAGUUUGCUUUUCUGAAAUUCUACAAUCUCUUUAAAAUCGUUUUUCUCGUCAUCUCCAACUGUUAGUUAUUUUAAUGAAAGCUUUUACUCCCCCCUAGCUGUUUUCAUUGUGCAAUAACUUUUUGUAUUAUGUAUAUUAUUUUUUAUUAUUUUCUCUUCUCGCACGUGUCAAAGUAAGUUUAAAAAUUCUGGACGCUGUUUUAACAGCCCACUCCAUAAAAUCAGGAAGUUCUAUAUAUUUUUUUGUAUUAAUCUCUGAAUUAUUGGCCUCGCAAUGUUUUAAGGAGUUAUUUUUUUAUUUUCGUAAUAUGGUAAUAAAUAAUUUAUGUAUUUCCAGCUACAAUCUGUACUCAAUUUAUGAUUUCUUUAUGAAAGUGAAAAAUAUAAAUGUUAUGGUUUCA